GGGAAGGGGGAGGAGGCAGCACCUUUGGAAAUAAUCCUUUCUCCCUGCCGCAGAAGAGAGGAGCGGCCAAGGAAGGGAGGAAGCCACAGCUGCUGCAGCAGCAGCAGCAGGAGGAGGAGGAGGGAGAGCAGCAGGCCGCAGGUUUCAGGAUGGCGACCGUGGUGGUGGAAGCCGAGUCGGAGCCCUCUUGUAGCAUCCCCAACCCGCUGUCCACCUCCCCCAGCCUCUCGCACCGCUUCCUGGACAGCAAAUUUUAUCUGCUGGUGGUCAUCGGGGAGAUAGUCACCGAGGAGCACCUGCGACGGGCCAUCGGCAACAUUGAGCAAGGAAUCCGAUCAUGGGACACAAAUCUGAUUGAGUGCAACUUGGACCAAGAACUGAAACUUUUCGUGUCACGUCAUUCAGCACGAUUUUCUCCUGAAGUUAGAGGACAGAAAAUCCUGCACCACCGAAGUGAUGUCUUAGAAACGGUGGUCCUGAUCAACCCUUCGGAUGAAGCAGUCAGCACCGAGGUGCGCUUGAUGAUCACUGACACCGCCAGGCACAAGCUCCUGGUGCUGACCGGACAGAGCUUUGAGAACACAGGAGAACUGAUCCUCCAGUCGGGGUGUUUCUCCUUCCAGAACUUCAUCGAAAUCUUCACCGAUCAAGAGAUCGGAGAACUGCUGAGCACCACCCAUCCCGCCAACAAAGCCAGCCUGACCCUCUUUUGCCCCGAGGAAGGGGACUGGAAGAACUCUAACCUGGACCGACACAACCUGCAAGACUUCAUCAACAUCAAGCUCAACUCGGCUUCCAUCUUGCCGGCGAUGGAAGGACUGUCGGAGUUUACCGAGUACCUGUCGGAGUCCGUGGAGGUGCCGUCGCCUUUCGACAUCCUGGAGCCCCCGACGUCCGGCGGCUUCCUGAAACUGUCCAAGCCGUGCUGCUACAUCUUCCCCGGGGGCCGGGGGGACUCGGCCCUCUUCGCCGUCAACGGCUUCAACAUGCUGAUCAACGGCGGGUCGGAGAGGAAGUCCUGCUUCUGGAAGCUGAUCCGGCACCUGGACCGGGUGGACUCCAUCCUGCUGACCCACAUCGGGGACGACAACCUGCCGGGCAUCAACAGCAUGCUGCAGCGCAAGAUUGCCGAGCUGGAAGAGGAGCAGUCCCAGGGCUCCACCGCCAACAGCGACUGGACCAAGAACCUCAUCUCCCCGGACCUGGGCGUGGUGUUCCUCAACGUCCCGGACGCCCUGAGGAGUCCCGACCCCAACGUCCGAAAGAAGAGGAGCCUGGAGGAAGCCUGUUUUACCCUCCAGUACCUGAACAAGCUGUCCCUGCGUCCCGAGCCCCUCUCCCGCAGCGCCAGCCAGCCCGUGGACCCCAUCGUCCUCUUCCAGAAGAUGGGUGUGGGGAAGCUGGAGAUGUAUGUGCUGAACCCGGUCAAGAACAGCAAGGAGCUGCAGUUCUUCCUCCAGCAGUGGACCGGCAUCUCCGGGGACAAGGCCGAGCUCCUCCUGCCCAGCGGGCAGGAGGUGGACAUCCCCGUCUCCUACCUCACCUCUGUCUCCUCUCUGAUCGUCUGGCACCCGGCGAACCCCGCAGAGAAGAUCGUCCGCGUCCUGUUCCCCGGAAACAGCACCCAGUACCACAUCCUGGAGGGCUUGGAGAAACUCAAGCACCUGGACUUCCUCAAGCAGCCCACCGUCACCCAGAAGGAUCUGACGGGCCAGGCCGCCAGCCCGGCGACAAAGCCGGCCAAACCGAAACAGAGGACCGACAGCCGGGAGAGCCUCCGGCCCGCUGCCCCCAAGCUCCCUGCCAGCAAGCCCCUACGGAAGGAGUCCAAGGAGGACGCUGCCGAGCCCACCAAGAGCAGCCCCCCGGAGAAACCCCCGAAAGCGGAGAGCAGGGAGAAGACCCCGCUGAAGAAGGAGAAGCUGGCCAGGGUCGAGGCCAAGCCUCCCGCCGCCGAACAGGACCUGCCGCCGGCCAGGGAGGGACCGGCCGCCGACGCCGCCAAGCCCAAGGUCUCCAGGGAGAAGGUCGUCAAGAAGGAGGUUAAGGCGAGAGUGGAGGAAAAGAAGGAGGAGAAGGAAAAGCCAAAGAAGGAGGCCCCCAAGAAGGAGGAGAAGACUCCCGCCAAGAAGGAGGAGAAGCCCAAAAAAGACGAAGUCAAGAAGGAGGUCAAGAAAGAGGUCAAGAAAGAGGAGAAGAAGGAAUCCAAGAAAGAACUAAAGAAGGAGACACCUUUGAAGGAAGUGAAAAAGGAAGUGAAGAAGGAGGACAAGAAGGAAACCAAGAAAGAAGAAAAAGACGUCAAGAAGGAGAUUAAGAAGAUCCCAAAAGACCUCAAGAAGUCCCCGGCCCCUGUGCUGGACGUUAAAAAACCCGUACUGAAACCCAAAGUUCCCAAGAAGGAAGAGUCAGCCAAGAAAGAGACAGCGGUGGCCGGGAAACCAAAGGAGAAGGGGAAAAUUAAAGUGGUGAAGAAGGAGACCAAGGCGGCGGCCGCGGCAGUGGCCGGAAUCGGAGCCGCCGUGACGACAGCGGCCGUGACGGCGGCCGCCAGCCUUGCGGCUCCCGGCCCGGUCAAGGAACUGGAAGCGGAGCGAUCCCUCAUGUCUUCGCCCGAGGAUCUGACCAAGGACUUUGAGGAGCUGAAGGCAGAGGAGGUGGACGUGACGAGAGAAACGAAGCCUCAGCUCGAGCUGACGGAAGGUGAUGGCCAGCCCGGGGAGGCGGAGCAGGUGGGGACCUACGUCCCGCAGGAGGGCACGGAGGAGCUCAAGGGUCCCACCGAGUCCCCGGACGAGGGCAUCACCACCACCGAGGGCGAGGGCGAGUGUGAGCAGACACCCGAGGAGCCGGAGGUGGCGGGCGAGCCCGGGGUCGACGACAACGAGAAAUACGAAGACGAGGGGACUGGGUUUGAGGAGUCGUCAGAAGCCGGAGACUUCGAGGAGAAGGCAGAGACUGAGGAGGCGGAGGAGCCCGCCGAAGAAGCCGACGACACCGUCGGGGAGCGGGUGACCCCGGGUGCUGCCGAGAGCGGCCUGGGGGAGGUCGAGGAGGCCGAGGCGGACAGGGGGCCCGGUGUCACGGGACAGGGACCAGGCGAGGGGGGCUCUCCAGCAGGGAGCGACGAGCGCGCCGAAGAGGACAUGGAUGAGACGGCAGAGAAGGAGGAGGACGAGGGGACGGAGGAAGAUGCCGACGAAGGGGUCCGGGAGGCCGAGGAUGAGCCCGAGAAGGCAGAGAGCGAAGAGGAUUACGCCGCAGACGAGGCCUCCGAAGAGCAGUUCGGCCUGCGGGCCGCCCCACCGGCGAAGGGGUCCGGGGCCCCCUCCCCGGUCAGAGAACCGGCCUCCUCCAUUCACGACGAGACCCUCCCCGGCGGCUCGGAGAGCGAGGCCACGGCGUCCGACGAAGAAAACCGCGAAGACCAGCCAGAGGAGUUCACGGCCACCUCUGGCUACACGCAGUCCACCAUCGAGAUAUCCAGCGAGCCCACGCCCAUGGACGACAUGUCCACACCCCGAGACGUGAUGAGCGACGAGACCAACCACGAGGAGAGCGAGUCGCCUUCUCAGGAAUACGUGAACGUCACCAGAUACGAGUCCCUGCUGUACGCCCCGGAGGGCGCCAAGCCCCAGAUCCCAUCCCUCGCCGACACGUUCAACGGCUUGUCCGAGGGCUCCAAGACCGACGCCACCGACGGCAAGGAUUACAGCGUCUCCGCCUCCACCAUCUCGCCCCCCUCCUCCAUGGAGGAAGACAAGUUCAGCAGGUCGGCCCUGCGCGAGGCCUACCGCCUCGGAGAUCCAGAGGGCCGGCCCGCCACGGCCCAGCUCGAGGUCCCGGACGCUCUGGCGGGCGUUCCGGCCCAAAGACUCAGUCCCUCCCCGAGCCCGCCUCUCAGCCCCGCGGCCAAGACGCCCCUGGGCGAACGCAGCGUGAACUUCUCCCUGACGCCCGACGAGAUCCAGGUGCCCGCUCGGGUCGCGGCCGUCCCCGUGUCUCCCGCCGUGCGGCCGGGGCCCGUCGAGGAGGAGCGCUGCGCCAGCCCCGAGGACAAGACCCUGGAAGUGGUGUCCCCCUCCCAGUCGGUCACCGGCAGCGCCGGUCACACCCCGUAUUACCAGUCUCCCACUGAUGAGAAGUCCGGCCGCCUCCCUUCGGAAGGCCCAGGGCAGGCCACCCCCACCCCAGGGAGCCGCCAGGACACGGGGGUUGAGGCGGGCAAGCCUUCCGUCAGCCCCUUGGAUGAGGUGGGCAAGCCCUCCCUCAGCCCCUCGGAUCAGUCCGGCAAGCCCUCCGGAAGCCCCUUGGAUGAGGCGGGCAAGCCCUCGCUCAGCCCCUCGGAUGAGGCGGGCAAGUCUUCCAUCAGCCCCUUGGACGAGGUGGGCAAGCCCUCCCUCAGCCCCUCGGAUCAGUCUGUCAAGCUCUCCGUCAGCCCCUUGGACAAGGCGGGCAAGCCCUCCGUCAGCCCCUUGGACGAGGUGAGCAAGCCCUCCGUCGGCCCCAGGGACGAGGCGGGCAAGUCCUCCGUCAGCCCCUUGGACGAGGCGGGCAAGCCCUCCGUCAGCCCCAUGGACGAGCCGGUCCCAGACUCGGAAUCUCCCAUCGAGAAGGUCCUGUCGCCUCUGCGCAGUCCCCCGCUGAUUGGGGCCGAGACCCCCUACGAGACGUUCCCGAGUGACGACGUGAGGACUCCCGGUGGGCCUCCGGAAGACGGGCGUGACCACCAGGCCUCUCCUGAGCAGGGGAGCCCGCUUUCCCAAAUGACACCCACCGCCCCCUUCCAGGAGAAACAGGAUGGGGAGAGCCUGGCGCCAACGGCCGACAGCCGGGAUCGGGAACCCGAGACACCACGGGCUCCCAGCCCCCGGUCCGGACUGGCCCUGGAUGACAAGAGACUCCCGGCCGACGUCUCUCCCACCCAGGCGGAGGUUGGCCCGCUGGGCUCCCUGAAGGAAGACACCAAAAUGUCCAUCUCCGAGGGGACCGUCUCCGACAAGUCAGCGACCCCCGUCGACGAGGGCGUGGCGGAAGACACGUAUUCGCACAUGGAAGGCGUCGCGUCCGUCUCCACGGCCUCCGUGGCCACCGGCUCGUUCCCGGAGCCGACGGCGGACGACGUGUCCCCAUCGCUGCACGCCGAGGUGGGCUCCCCGCAUUCCACCGAAGUGGACGACUCCCUCUCCGUGUCUGUCGUCCAAACCCCCACCACCUUUCAGGAGGCCGAGAUGUCUCCGUCUAAGGAGGAGUGCCCCAGGCCCAUGUCCAUCUCCCCGCCCGACUUUUCUCCCCAGACGGCCAAGUCGAGGACCCCCGUUCAGGAGCACCGGUCGGAACAGUCCUCCAUGUCGAUCGAGUUUGGCCAGGAGUCCCCUGAGCCGUCGCUGGCCACGGAUUUCAGCAGGCAGUCUCCCGACCGGCUGCCGGCCACGGACUUUGUCAGGGAGUCUCCCGACCGGCCCGCCCUCGCGCCCGGCUUGCUCCAGAUCACGGAGAACGGGCCGACGGAAGUGGACUACAGCCCGGACCUGCCGGAGCCCGGCUACACCCACCAGACGCCCCCGGCGGAGGAGCCGGGCUGCCCGCCGGAUAACGACCUCUCGGAGCUCCUCUCCGUGUCUCAGGUGGAGGCUUCCCCCUCCACCUCAUCCGCCCAGUCCCCGUCGCAGAUCGCUUCCCCUCUGCAGGAAGACCUGUCACCCACCGUCCCUCCUCCCGGAGAGGCGGCCCCCUAUGCCUCUCUGGCCGCGGUGGAGGCCCGGAGCCCGGAAGGGGAGAAGUUCUCCCCCAAGUCAGAUCUGUCGCCCCUGACGCCGAGAGAGACGUCUCCCCUCUACUCCCCUGGCUUUUCGGACUCCACGUUGGGGGGCCGCGAUAACACCGCCAUGGGGCACUCGCCGUCCCCGCCCCCGGGCGGAUCCUCGGCCGAGAGCUACGGCUUCCGCUCGUCGGUACUGUUCGACACCAUGCAGCACCACCUGGCCCUGCACAGCCGCCCACCCCCGGCCGGCCCCGAGGAGGGUGAGACGGACGGGGCGGGCCGGGCGCCGGCCGACUACAUCUACACCUACCAGAAGACGGAGAAGACCGCGAGGACCCCCGACGAGGGCGGCUACACCUACGAGACCAGUGAGAAGACCAGCCGGACCCCCGAGGUGGGCGGCUACUCCUAUGAGAAGACCGAGCGGACCACCAGGUCCCCCGAGGACGGCGGAUACUCCUACGAGACCAUCGAGAAGACCCGCCGGACCCCGGAUGACGGUGGCCUCGCCUACGAGGUGACCGAGAAGACCACCCGGACGCCCGAGGAGGGCGGCUACUCCUACGAGACCAGCGAGAAGACCACCCGGACCCCGGAGGUGGGCGGCUACACCUACGAGAAGACCGAGAGGACCACCCGGCUCCUGGACGACAUCAGUAAUGGCUACGACGACUCCGAGGACGGUGGCCGGGGCCCCGCGGGAGGCUCCGGCUACUCCUACGAGACGACCGAGAAGAUCACCAGCUUCCCCGAGCUGGACAGCUACUCUUACGAGACCUCUAAGAGGACCACGCGGACCCCCGAGGCCUCCACCUACUGCUACGAGACGACGGAAAAGAUCACGCGGACUCCCCAGGCCUCCACCUACUGCUACGAGACGGCCGACCGCUGCUUCUCCGCGGACGGGAAGUCGCCUGGCGAGGCCCGCCAGGACGUCGACCUGUGCCUGGUGUCCUCCUGUGAGUACAAGCACCCCAAGACGGAGCUGUCGCCCUCCUUCAUCAACCCCAACCCCCUAGAGUGGUUCGCCGGCCGGGAUCCGGAGCAGCCGCCCACCCAGUCCGGCGGGGCCCCACCGCCCCCCGGGGGGAAGCCGCAGGGCCGACAGUGUGACGAGACCCCGCCCACCUCAGUCAGCGAGUCGGCCCCGUCCCAGACGGACUCGGACGUGCCCCCGGAGACGGAGGAGUGCCCGUCCAUCACGGCCGACGCCAACAUCGACUCCGAAGACGAGUCCGAGACCAUCCCCACGGAUAGGACCGUCACCUACAAGCACGUGGACCCGCCUCCCGUCCCCAUUCAGGACCGGAGCCCUUCUCCCCGCCAUCCCGACGUCUCCAUGGUGGACCCGGAGGCCCUGGCCGUCGAGCAGACCCUGGGCAAGGCCCUGAAGAAAGACCUGAAGGAAAAGACGAAGACCAAGAAGCCGGGCACCAAGACCAAGUCUUCCUCCCCCGUCAAGAAGAGCGACGGGAAGCCCAAGCCGUCGGCCGUCUCCCCGAAGCCGGCGGGCCUGAAGGAGUCCCUGGAGAAGGCCUCCCGGGGGGCAUCGCCCAAGAAGAAGGAGGCGGCCGAGAAGGUGGCCAGAGCCGGCGCCGCCCCCGAGGUCAAGGCUUCCCGCCUCGAGGAGAAGGACAAGGAGACCAAGAAUGCCGCCAACGCCUCCACUUCCAAGUCGGCCAAGACGGCCGCUGCAGGAUCUGGGGCCGCCAAGCCCGCUAAAGCCUCGGCGGUGCCUCCGGGCCCCCCGGUGUACCUGGACCUCGUCUACAUCCCCAACCACAGCAACAGCAAGAACGUCGACGUGGAGUUUUUCAAGAGGGUCAGGUCGUCCUACUACGUGGUGAGCGGGAACGACCCGGCCGCCGAAGAGCCCAGCAGGGCCGUCCUGGACUCCCUGUUGGAGGGGAAGGCCCAGUGGGGGAGCAACAUGCAGGUGACCCUGAUCCCGACCCACGACUCCGAAGUGAUGCGGGAAUGGUACCAGGAGACCCACGAGAAACAGCAAGAUCUCAACAUCAUGGUUUUGGCAAGCAGCAGCACCGUGGUGAUGCAAGACGAGUCCUUCCCCGCAUGCAAGAUUGAACUGUAAGACCGAGGGAGCCGCCCGGCCACCCCCGCUCCCCCCGUUUCCCCCGUCCCCCCGCCCCCCUCCCCCGGCCCCCGGAGCCACCCCGUCUCCAGAUUCACUCCGGUUCGAAGCCACCUUUUCUAAAACGUCGGCCCCUCUAAACCUACCUGCUGAACUGUUUACCUGCCCACUGCUCUACUGUGUCACCAGUCUCUAAGGGAAGUCAGUUUCCCCCACACUAGGGUUCCAAUUACUGCAGAACGUCAGCAUCUGGUUCGACUCCGCCGAACCCGUGGAAACCACGCGCUAGCAGACUCAACCAACUUCUGCCAGGUAGAGGCAUAUGUCCGCAAGAAAAUGAGUGAGUGAGAGAGAAUGAGAGAGAGCGAGCAAGCGAGAGAGCGAGGGGGAGGAGGGGUGGACCGGAGGAGAAGGCCACAGCUGGUAGGCCCACGUCCACCUCGGGCGAUUCGAUGCAUUGCUCACCGCAGUCCACUCGAGCGAUCGCACGCAAAGCAAGGUUUCACUCUCUGUAUCCAUCUGAAUUCCGGCCGAAGGGUCUUACCGUACUCGCGCGAGUUGGGGAGGAAAGACGAGAGGAGGGAACGUGGCACCGAGGGGGCACGAGACGGACACGCCGUUCACUAGCGCCUCAGACUCUGCACGCUAAUGUAGCGAGGCCAUCGUAGACUCAACACGCGGGUGGUUUGAACCCCAUUCAGAACUCUCCAGACUCUCCUUUAAACACGCAACUCGGUUGGUCUGAGGCCUGCUCCCAGCGCCCGCCCCCUCAGCCCACGUGCGUCAACGCCCAAGUCAACAGCCAAUGAACCGAAGCCAAAGACCAAAGCAAUCGGGAGUGCAAGCGGUGUAGACAAUUUGCCUUAGAAAGUGACUUGAAUGUACAAAAAGAUACUUGAUGCACUUCUUUUUUAAACGCGAGACAGCAAGCUUAGGAACCAUCUGUGUAGGAUUCUAGUUGCACCGGUCGCUGCAGUGGUGCGAGCGUGCACGCGGGGAGUCCUAGGGAACAUCUGAUCGGUCCGUCGGCGCGGGGCCGGGCGUUCCGGAUCUUCCCCGGAGGCCACGCUGGGGCCCGGCGGCGAUGGCGACGGCCUCGUGGCCGAGGCGAGGGUCUCGGAGCGCUCCUCGUGGUAACUUACCUUUCUUUGUCUCACGUUGGGCUUCGGCCCGUUCGCUUCAGCAGGAGUGCGGAUACACAGAUGUACAGAAACCAUUUUUUUUAGCUCUGCGUGAACUUUUACUAGACGAACUUUUACACAGAUGUUUUCGUUUACAGGAAAAUGCCAAGAAAAAUUUCAGGUGAUGGUGAUUUCUUUUUCUUUUUCUUUUUAAAGUCUUUUUGUAAGGACAAACAAAACUAGAGUAAUGCUGUGUGAAGUUCUGGUGAGAAUGAAACCUGUGCUGUUGCGGUAACGUAUUUAUUGAGCGUGCUUAACUAACUGCCAGGAGUCCCGGGCCCCAGGUCUUGGCCCCCAGCCCUCCCUGAAAUCGGAGAGUCCGUGAGGGGCGUGGUUGGCCGCCCUUUAGGGAGCCAGUCCACUCCCUUCUCCCCAAAAUCUUACUGAAGCAGAAGGGGAGAAGAUCGGCUCGAAAUAUCUACGCAGGUUUGGCUUUCGGGUCAGUUGUCUUCUUCCUCUAGAGAAAAUAAUGAAUUUACAACCGGGAGCAGUCAUGACCCCCCACUUUCUACAGCCCGGAGCGUGAGCCAGAGACAAGCUUGCUGACCCCAGCGUUGGGGUGGGCGGGUGGGCGGCCGUGGCCUUGCUUCCCGGGACGUUUGCAGGUGGGUGACCCCCAAAUCUGAAGGCUAGUUCAUCCAGAGGGAGUCUGGGCUCCUCUCCCUUCUCCACCUCCCCCCUCCACCCCCAGCAUCUCCUGGAGGAGACUUGAAGGCCCGUCCAUUCCGUAGUGAAUGCUGACCUCAGUUGAUUUCCUAUGUUUGUUAUUUAUUUCAAAAUUAACAUUGUUGUUAGUUUUUGUUUGAUGAGGGUCUCUUUGCACUGCUAAUUUUUAUGAGGGUUUUAAAAAUGUACUUUUUCAGAGUCCUUCCGAGGGGGUCUGGGUAGGUCACUUAAUACUGUGAAUUAAGUUUUUGGAAUGUUCUACCACUUGUUUUUAAUUUUACAAGGGUUAUUUUGUUAGAUGGCUCUAGUGCUGCCGCUUUUAUUUAUUAUUCUUUCUAAGUCCUUAAAGUAAUUCUGGGAGAUUUAUGGUACAAAAAGGGUCGGUCACCCCCACGGAGGACAAGUGACCUGUGGGAGAUGACUAGUGGAGUUGGCUGUGCUCCUAUUCAUAUUCAUUUGCUUAGAAUUUCAUGCGGUGACCGAUGCUGUCUCUUUCUGGGGGUGAACUGAGGCUGCACGGUCAGCGCCGCGCUUCCACUUCCCUAUAGCACAGCUCACUCGCUCUCCCUCGGCGGGGGAAGCGGAAGAGGAGGGGGCACUGAUCUGAAACCUUUCCUACCCAAAGUGGGCCCCAGUGAGAAUCUGCCUGUGGCAGGUCGGAGGACGGGAGAUAGGCCCAAGUCCACAGCGAAGACUGUUUCCCUACCCCAGUAAUUCUGCCAUAGCUCCAAUUUUGGUUUUUCGCUGCUACGGAAUUUGAAACCUCCCCAAGCCGGCACUGUGCCCAUCCAACCCGUGUACAGGUGAGGUGAGCAGCGGUGAGGACAGCGUGGGCUGACCUUGAUAACUGUGGGGAGUCCCUCACUAGUGGAGUGGAGAGAACACCCUGGUGAAAUCGUGGGGUUUUCCAUGAUCCCAUUCGUGACCCUUUGGUUGGGGAUGGCGGGGGGCGGGGGAAAGAGUGCUUUCCAACAAAAAUUCGGUGGAGAGUGAACACUGCCCCUCAUGCCUGCCACCCCCCACUGGUCCCCCCCCUUUUUUUCCUCAAGUUCCAUGCUCUAGUGACUGGACCCCAAAGUGUAGAUGAAUGUUUCUAAGUGUUUCCACUAAUUUAUGUGGUUUAGGAGCACUCUGAUGAUGCUCCUUCCCUCCAAUCUAAUGAUCAGUUUCUUCAUGGAAGUGGC